AUGCAGUAUAUUCAUUAUGAUUCGCGUGUAGCUUAUAACGUUGAGUGGACAGAAGAGAAUAUAGCUUCUGGAAUAACAAAUCAAACCUCACAAUAUGGUGCGACCAUAACCACGAUCACAGUGCCUGCUGCAAUCACGGCGAUGGUCUCGAUGAUACAAACUCCUCUUGCCUACAGCUUAUAUCAAAAGAUUGAUCUAGCAAAUGUUGAAUGCCUCAAUGAGAAGGUGGAUGGAAGUGGAGUGAAUGUGUUUAAAUCAUGGUCUGAACGUCUAAAUAGGGAAGAAUGUGUUGAAAGUGACUGCGAUGCUGAAUUGAUAUUUAAUAUACCAUUUACAGGUGAUGUAAAACUCAAAGGAAUAGUUAUUAUCAGUGAUGAAGAACUCUCACGAGUGAAACUGUUCAAAAGUAAGAUGAGGAUGUCAUUUGAUGAUGUCUCUGGAGAGGCAGAUCAAGAGUUUGCCGUCAUACAUGACCCCCAAGGAACAGUUGAAUAUCCCAUCAAGCCAACGAAGUUUUUAAUGUCCAUCAUUUGA